AUGGAAGACCCAAGCCUGCCAAGGGCAGCAAUCGUCAUUUGCCUCGGACUCAGCCCCGUUUCUCAAGACAGAACCAUGAAGAGCCUGGCGAUCUGUUCAGGAGUUCUUGACUACCUUCGCGACGUCCAAGGCCGCGGGUGUAUAAUGACUGUCAAUUUCUCCGGCAGGCGCCUUCUGCAGUCAAACAGCCCGAAGAUAGCGGAGCAGUGCAUCCGUGAGGACUGCGAGGACUGGUGUGACGUCCUUGAAGCGGCCUCGAGGCUGGUCAAGCGAAACGCUGCCGAAUGCACUGAGCUAGAAGUUGUACUUGUAGGGACAGACGAAGUCCCAUGCAGAGGUGACUCUGCUUCCAUGUGCCAAGCCUUCAAAGGAAAUGGUAUUCGCGUCAACUCAAUCCUGACGGAAUCGACGCAACCAACUGCUUCGCCCGCGCAAGGGGGCAGACAGAAGACCGAGAGGUUCGAGAUCAUAUCUGUGGCGGACCCCUUUGCCGACCCCGAAGAAGACCGAAUGUUCGGGCGACAAAGCUCUGGGGGUUGGGACAUGACGAGGCUGGCACGAGAGACCGGAGGGCUCACCUUGUCUCCGAAUACUGAGGGCAAACUUGCACUUCAUUUGCUCUUUGGCGAAAUGUUCCGGCGAUGGGGCGAAGAGUAUUGGAAAAGCCGCAAAUAG